AUGCUCGCCAUGAAGCGCCUAAGUGCCGGAGCUCGUCCACAGCUGGUUGCACGUGCUGCGAGCCCAUUUCUACUGCCAAGAGCGACGCGUCUUGUCCACAAUUCACGUCCUCUUUUAAUGCAGUCGUCUGACGACAGCGGAAUUCCUCGUCUGCAGGACACGCCCGUUAAUAUUGGGAUACUGAUUGUACCACAGCAGCGUGCGUGGGUUGUUGAGCGCUUUGGCAAGUUCCACGACGUGUUGACACCUGGUCUGCACUUUCUUAUCCCGUUGGUCGAUCGUAUCGCUUAUGUGCAUUCACUCAAGGAAGAAGCAAUCAAAAUCCCUGGUCAGACAGCCAUUACUCGGGAUAAUGUGACCAUCAGUAUCGAUGGUGUGCUCUACGUGAAAAUUAUUGACCCGUAUAAUGCCAGCUAUGGAGUUGAAGACCCGCUUUAUGCAGUCACGCAGCUGGCACAGACGACUAUGCGCUCGGAGCUGGGAAAGAUUACACUGGACAAGACCUUUGAGGAACGUGAGUCACUUAAUUUGAGUAUUGUGGAAUCAAUUAACCAGGCUUCAGAGGCGUGGGGGAUCAAGUGUCUGAGAUACGAGAUUCGUGAUAUUGCCCCACCUCGCAGUGUCAAGGCUGCUAUGGACAUGCAGGCGGAGGCGGAACGUAGAAAACGUGCCGAGAUUUUGGACUCGGAGGGUGAACGGCAGGCGUACAUUAACGUGGCUGAGGGUAAGAAACGUGCUGCCGUGUUGGAGGCAGAAGGUGCGGCGGCAGCUAUUUUGGCAAAGGCGAACGCGUCAGCUUCAGCUAUCCAGCGUCUUUCGAGCUCUAUUCAGGCAACAGGUGGCCGCGAUGCUGUCGCACUCCAAGUGGCGGAGAAGUAUGUGGAUGCGUUUGGUAACAUUGCCAAGGAGAGCACGACUUUGCUAUUGCCGUCCAAUACCAAUGAUCCUUCUAGUAUGGUGGCGUCAGCACUCGCUAUUUUUGGAAACAUCCAGAAACAAAACAAGAAGGAAGCUACUCGUACCACUGACAAGCUGAGUAAGCAGGAGGCUGGCAAAGGACAUGACGACUACACUUUGGACAACCAAGACUCAGACACGACCAAGGAUUAA